CUAAACCCUCAAAUUAACACGCUAGAAUUUUCCAUCUCUUUCCCGAGAAAGUUUAAAGGGGAUUUUCAAUCAAAUGGCCACCAGACUCGCUCUCCGUCUCAGAUCCCAUCUCCUCCGCAAUCUUCACCGUCAAAAUCCCCCAGCUCCACCUACCUUUAUAUCUCCGCUGUCGAUCUCUCAUCUCUCGCCACCUCCAAUCGCCGCCAACAGUCAAUUCUUCACAUACCCCACAAUCCGCUUCCUCUCCACGUCCACGAGCCGAGUUCCCACCCGACCCAAAAAGGUCGACAUCGGAACCCGAGCACGCCAGCUCCAGACUCGCCGCCUCUGGACCUACGCCUUAACCUUCGGUUGCCUUGGGGGAUUUGUAGUUUUAGUUCUCAACAAUUUUCAAGAUCAAUUAGUUUUUUACGUCACCCCAACUGAUGCCCUCGAAAAGUACACGAAAAACCCUUCGAAAACGAAGUUCAGACUCGGCGGUCUGGUUCUGGAAGGAAGCGUGGUUCAGCCGGGUUCUUGUAAAGAAAUGGAGUUCGUCAUUACCGAUUUGAUAACCGAUAUUUUGGUUCGGUACGAAGGUUCGCUACCGGAUUUGUUUAGAGAAGGACAUUCCGUUGUUGUUGAAGGGUUUGUUAAGCCUUUUACGGAAGAAAUUAAAAGGGACGUUUCGUCGAGGAGCGUAUCUACGAAGGCAAGGAGCGGCGACUGUUACUUUUCGGCCACCGAGGUUCUUGCUAAGCACGACGAGAAGUAUAUGCCUCAAGAGGUUGCAGCUGCCAUUGAGAAGAACAAGAAGAAGAUUGAGGAAGGCCUGGAAGGAGCUAAUGACCGACAUUUUUCAUAUGGUAAUAUUUUGUAAACUUAAUUCAUUUUCAUUGGAAAUUUUGUAAAACAUAUCGGCUAAGAUUGAACCAUAGAUUGGAGAAUCAAUUUUUCUAGUGGUAUUAUAAUGAGAGGGCGAGGAAUAGGAUGAAA